UUGGCCGGAGAUUUGUUAGUAGCCAAUUGCAGGUUUGGGUUGCGGGAGGUUGACCCAGGCCGCGGCUGGAGAGGCCCGGACCUGUAAUCGGUAUUCUGUGCGUAUGGCAUAAAGACAUCUUCUGAAAAUGAGCGGGGAGCUUGAUGCGUUAGCUGUUGUCAAUCAGCUGCGAGACUUGGCUUCAGAUCCUUUAAACCGCCGAGCCAUUGUACAAGAUCAAGGCUGCCUGCCGGGCCUCAUCCUAUUCCUUGACCAUCCCAAUCCUCCAGUUGUUUACUCUGCUCUUCUGGCUCUUCGAUAUUUAGCAGAAUGCCGCGCCAACAGAGAAAAGAUGAGAAGCGAACUAGGAAUGAUGCUGAGCUUGCAAAACAUUAUUCAGAAGACUACCACACCAGGGGACACACAGCAGCUUGCCACAGAAGUCUAUGAUCUUCUGCAGUCAUCCAACACAGCAGAUGGGGAUUGUAUGAAUGAGAUGAACUCUAGACGGCGGAAGGCCCAUUUUUUCCUUGGAGCUACAAAUAAACGUGCCAAAACCGUGGUCCUGCAUAUUGAUGGCCUUGAUGACACGUCUCGAAGGAGUCUGUGUGAAGAUGCCCUACUGAAAAUCAAAGGCGUCAUUAGCUUUACAUUUCAAAUGGCAGUACAGAGAUGCGUAGUCCGUAUUCGGUCUGACUUGAAAGCAGAGGCUUUGGCAACAGCAAUAGCAUCUACCAAAGUGCUGAAAGCACAGCAAGUGGUAAAGGGCGAAUCUGGAGAAGAGUUGCUGGUGCCAUUUCAAGACACUCCUGUGGAUGUGGAGCAGAACACAGAUUUACCAGACUACCUACCUGAGGAUGAAAGCCCUAUGAAGGAGCAGGAUAAAGCCGUGUCUCGCGUCGGGGCACACCAGGACGGUGGGAGCAGUUGGCUUAGCACUGCGGCAAACUUUUUAUCCAGAUCCUUUUACUGGUGACAUGCGAUUUAGAGCCUAAAAGACUGCAAGACAAUAUUUCAAUCAUCCCAGUGAAGUGCAAUUUGCAAUAAAAAUAUUACACCACAAAAAAAAAAAAAAAAAAGUUUUAAACCGCGCAACUUACGCUGUGUUUUACAUGUACAGGAUAUCCGAGCUGGUAAAGCAGCA